CAACCGAGAUGAAGUUGUGCUCCUGAUAGAAAAACUUAAGAAUAAUGAACUUAUUCUAACCCCCUCUGAAGACAUUGUUGAUGAAGAUACCAGCAGCAAUAGCAAUGCAUCGCAUUUGGAACAGUAUACGACAGUUUUGAAGCAAAACGCCAAAGAAACUUCUUUAAUAAUUGAGAGGAGAGCUUAUAAAAAACCAGACGAGUUAGUGGAUAAUAGAAAGUCUGAGGUAAAAGAAGAAUCUGUCAAAUCAAAAAUUACAGAAUCAGAACUCAAUGAAUCUGCAGUCCAAGAAUCGAUUGAAAAGGAAGAGAAUGAAGUAAAAAAUAAGCUGAACACGGCCGUAUGUAAAAAUGAAGAAUCGAAUGAAAAAUCAAAUGAUACAAAAGACGAACGAACUACACAGACUACUGAAAAUGAUAAUUCAAAGGUUCUGAAUUACACUGUAGAAGAACCAAUUAUGCUUGUGAAAGGUGAAGGCUCUGGUGCGGAAUGUGAAGCACAACCGAUAUUCAGUGACGUUAUAGAAGAACCGAUAUUAUAUGUAUAUGGUCCUGGAAAUGGCAUUGGAAACCAGAUGGGGAAUAUAAAAAAAUGUGAAGAGUCAACCACAGAAGAAACUACUCCAAAAGAUCUCCGUCAAACAGAGAAAAGUGAUCUUCCACUGAAGAAAAAACUAAACAGGAGUUAUAAUUAUGAUGCUCAUCAAGGCACUUCACCAAAUGAAAGUAAGGAAUCAAUAAGGAUCGUCAAUAAGGUUGAAAAUGAAUCAACUAUUAAAAAAGAGCACCAUGCAGAAUAUCAUAAAUCAUCUGAACAUAAAGAAACAGAUUUAGAUAUGACUAGCAAUGCGUCAAAUGAUGUUCAAGAAAAUCAACUCUUAAGCGAAAAUGAAAAGAAGACGAUCCUAUCUGAAAUCAAUAAUACAAAAACGGAAGAAAAAAAUAUUCCUUAUGAUAGCGCCGAAGAAACCUCAAAUAGUUCCUACGAGGAGUUGUUACCAAAAGAAGAAAAUUCAAAAACGUGCGAUGCAUCUUCGCUUAAGACUGAGCAUGACAAUGACAAGCAAAAACCCACAUCACGGACACGGCACAAAAAUACUCAAAAUACAGAAACUAGUACAAACAGUGAAAAACUUAAAAACGACAAAUUAUCACCAACCAUUGAAAGCCAGCCAUCAGUACCACAAAAAACAAGAAAAGGAAGAAGAUCAAAGUCCGGUAUAGUGGACGGCUUAGAUAUAUCACAAGUGAUACUCGAAAAAGAAAACGGUUCACCUCCAAUUCGCCAGUCAAGAAGAAUAGCACAGCAAAAAAUCCUAGAAGAAACCAAUAGGCGAUUAAUCGAGGAAAAAAUGUUACGACAAAUGAAGGCGGAAGCCAUGAAAAAGAAGAAAGAAAUUAAGCAGAAAACUAAAUCAGAUGACGAUGAUGAGGACUAUGUUGUAUCGGAUGAAGACUCGAGGCACACUGAAUCUAAGGUAAAGCUGAAGAAAAAGAACGAUAAGCCUUGGAUGAAUUCAUCCUCAGAAAGUAGCAGUGAAUCUGAGCCAGAAGAAGAUUACAUUGAACCUGAGCACUCGGACUUACAGUCGCUGAAAUCAGAUCAUGAGUUCUCACCAGAGUCCGAUCUGGAGGAUGAAAGUAUUGUUCCUAUAAAGAGGGCAAGAACUGCAAGGGUUGAGAAAUUUUCUGAUGAUGAAAACGAAUCUUGUGAUUCGGAUGUGGAUCACUCAUGUCAAAAGUGUGGUAAAUCUGACCAUCCCGAAUGGAUUUUACUAUGUGAUUCAUGCGAUAAAGGUUAUCAUUGCUCAUGUCUUGUGCCAGUGUUAUUUAUUAUACCUGAAGGAGACUGGUUUUGCCCCUUGUGCCAGCAUGAAAAGCUAAUAUCAAAUUUACAAUCCAAACUGGUUCAAUUUGACGAAUACUACGAAAAGUUAAAAUCCGAAGAAGCUUUAAAGAUACAAAUAGCCUCUGCAGAGGCAAAUAAACCUACUACAAAUAAAAACGAUGAAAAUGACUCAACAGACAAGGAUUACACGGAUUCAGAAGUGCUGAAGAAACAAACCAAUAGAAGACGUUCUAAAAAAACACAUAACAAUUCAAAAGAAAAUUCAUCAUCAUCUGGCGACGGAAACUCAUCUGAUAAACAUUCCAAUAAUGACUCAGAUUCUGACGAUAUACCGAUUUAUAAACUGAGAAGAAGAAACACAUCAAACCUCAGCUAUAAAUUAAACGAGUAUGACAAUCUUAUAAAAUCAGCUAUUGAUCGGAGCACGUUAGAUUCUCCAGAAUCACCUCCUACCCAUGGCAAAGAUAUCAGAAAUAUAGUAAAAGCAAUCAGAAAAGAAGAAGAGAAACUUAAUAGAUCACACUCGAAUUCGCCUGUGCUGGAUGAGAAAAAGAAACAAAUGAAAAAUCCACUAAGGAAAAAGAAAAAGUUGAACAGUCUUGAUGUCAGUUCAGAAGAAGAUGACGGAUCGGAUGAAGAUUUUGCGGAGGAUAUCACUUCUUCAGACGAAGAAAGUUUUUCGAUGACUGAGGACAGUGAAAGUUCUUUGGAGUUUACGAGGACCAAAAAAUCACGAGCUGCUGCCAACAAAAAGAAAGACAAGGAUUUCAUCAACGAUAAUGAUGAUGAUAGUGAUAAUAGUGGUGCUUAUAAUAUCCGAAAACGACCAAACAAGGCUAAAAAAAUUCUAGACGAUUCAGAUGAAUUCAACGAAGAUGAUGAUGUUACCGAAAGUGAAGAAAUUGAUAGCGAAGAUCUGUGCAAUGAUACGGAAACAGAUAGCAGUGAUGAUAACUGGAAGAAAAGAAAAUCAAAUGCUAAGGUUGUUAGUCGAGUUCCAGUCAAAGUUAAUGACAAUACUAAAAAGAAGGCCAAAAAACCUGAUGACGAUAAAACAUACAAGAGUGGUAUUAGGAAAAGACCCGCUUAUUUUGAAUCGGACUCUGACUCAUCGAAUAAACUAAAUAAUCCAGAGGAUUCGAAUAAACGUCGUACACGAGGGAAAAAACUUCAUUAUCUGAUAGAUGACGAUUUCGAAAGCUCAGAUGAUGGCAUUACUCCUGGCGUUCAUCGUCCAGAUACACCUCCGGAAGAACGAGAAAAAUUCAUUAAGAAACAAGAAGAGAUUAAACGGAUGUUAGCCGAAAAGAACACUACCGCUGCUAAGCAACUUGCAACACCAAUGAUCCAACCACUUCAUGAUAAUGAUAAAGUUCGCCUUCCUACACUUUCUACUAUUCCGCCUCAAGUAAUAGAAAGUGCGAAAGUUUUAGAUAUAGAUUUCUUAAGAAGCUCCAAGCAUAUUGAUUCGGAUGACUUCGACGAAGAACUUGCUGCUAACCUACCCGAUCCAGAUGUAAACGAAGAGGAAUUGGCAAAAAUAAUGGAAGAAGAAGAUUUUGCACAGCAUCAACUUAAAUUAGAUGAUGUAGAAACUGAUAAGGAUGCAGUAAUUGAAAAUCUAUCAAAAAACAAAAUUCGGCUUUUCGAUAGCAUCGACCCUGCAAAAAUAACUAAACCGGAAAAGAAAAUCGGAUACGCAGGUACAACUGAAAGGAAAGUUGACGCUGUAUGCACCAAUCUUGUGAACUAUCUUCAGUCCAAGGCAGUAUCAAAAAUAAAUUCUUUUGGCACCAGUGAAGUACCUGCAAAUAAGUUUUCAGCCACAAUUCCCAUCUAUCAUAGCUUGCAUCCUCCAUCAAGUGAAUCGUCAAGCUUACUACAGCAAAUGAAACAACAAGCAAUUCCUUUGCAUGAUCUGCCAAUUCAUUCACCACCACACAUAUUGAAUAGCAAAAAACCGUUUUCUUGUACAGUUCCUUCACUUCCUCCAACGUUGCUACCUGCUUCAAAUAGUCCACUACCCGUGCCUGUUGCACCCACGACUGAAUCAAAAGAUGCCGUUGUAGAUGUAAGAAGGAGGAGACGAAAAAAGAUCACUCCACUUAGAGGGGAUCUGUAUAAAGCAGCCAUGGACGGAAGGAUUCUUGAUCCUACAAAACCAUUGCAUUAUCCAGGGCCACCCCCUUCAACAGGUGCGAUGCAAACAUAUACCCUGCCGAAGCAACCCUGUUCUACUGUUGCACCUACGUUCGUUACCAACAGUACAAAACCAAACGACAGUCAUGAAAGGUUCCCAAACCCCUGUUCAUAUGUUUUAUCUUCUGAUUAUAACCACGGGUUUGGAAACUCCUCAAACAGCACUAGUAUACCUGCUGUUGCACAACCUAUUACGAGCUCACUAAACGAACACCCUCGUCGAUCAUUUGCUUCAUUGGAGCCAGUAAAUGCUGAAGAUCCCGUUCCCGAGCAAGCUACACAUGCCAUCGGAAGCACUGAAAAUAACCAAAACGAGCCAGAGGGCACAAGUGAGUUUAGUGGCUUAGUCAGUUACUUUAGUUCACAGCAAAAUGAGUUGAAUGCUUAAAAUAUGACCAGAAACAAACAAGUUGUUAAACAAGAUAAUGUGUAUAAAAAGAUAAUCCUUAUAA